AUGGCGCCCAAACUAUUCAUCACCGGCUCAACCGGUUAUAUUGGCGGCGAUUUCCUGUAUCUGGUGUCCCAGCAACAUUCAGACUGGGAGAUCACAUGCCUCGUAAGAAACAGUGACAAGGGCGCCAAGGUGGCCGCAGCAUAUCCCAAAGUACGGCUCAUCUACGGUGAUCUCGAUGCCGUAGAGACCAUUGAGGAGGCAGCAGCCAACGCCGACAUUGUCUACCAUUUCGCAAACUGUGACCAUGAGCCUUCAGCCCAGGCCAUUGCCAGAGGACUAGCCCGUCGAAACGGGGAUGGACCUGGGUACUGGAUCCACACGUCCGGUACGCUGAUUCUGGGUACUGAAACAAUAGCACUGGCAGAUUAUGGCAAUCGGCUCGACAAGGUCUUUGAUGACUGGGACCACGUCCAGGAGCUCCUGUCACACCCAGAUGAAGCGGCUCAUCGCAAUGUCGAUAAGAUUGUUCUGGCCUCGUACUCUGACAAGGUUCGGACGGCCAUUGUCUGUCCUCCAACCAUUUACGGCCCUGGCCGCGGACCAGACAACACUCGCUCGCUGCAGGUGUACAAGGCCACCGAAGCAUUUUUGAAGCGCAAGAAGGCUUUCCAGAUUGGCAAGGGGCACAAUGUUUGGCAUUACAUCCAUGUCCAGGAUCUCUCAAAGUUGUACCUCUUGCUCGGCGAGGCCGCCGUCAACGGAGGACCCCCAGCAACCUGGAAUGAGCAAGGGUAUUACCUCGCUGAAGAUGGGUUGUUUGUCUGGGGUGAAGUGAUCCAGAGGAUUGCCGAGAUUGCGCAUAAAAAGGGUCUUCUGCCAGACUCCGAGGUGGAAAGCCUCAGUCCAGAUGAAGCUGAUAGGUUAAUGCCGAACGCGAGGUAUGCGAUUGGCACCAACUCAAGAGGCAUCUCCAUUCGGGCAAAGAAGCUGUUAGGAUGGAAGCCCACGGAGCGCAAUAUCGAGGAGGAACUUCCGGACAUUGUGGAAGCUGAGGCGCGUUCUCUUGGCCUGAUCAAAGGUCAUGCCGCCUUGGUGCAGGAGGAGUGA